UAGAAUCUAAAGCAGGUGGCCUGGUUCCGGGUGUUCCCGCGGUUUAUUAUGCUCACUUUUCCAGCAAGAAUAACGCAUGCUGGUGCCCAAGAGACUCAGCGAGAGAGAGACUGAGAGACAGAGAUACACAGAGAGAGAUGGAUUCAGAUUAUGGGCUUCCAAGAGAGCUUUCUGGUCUACAGAAGAAGCGGGCUCUCUACCAUCCUGAGCUCCCUCCUUGCCUCCAGGGAAUUGAAGUGAGAGUGGAGUUUGGAGACCAAACAAUCACUUCAGAUUCUGCCAACGCACGUGUGAUUUGUCAGGCAUUUCCACACACUUAUGGACAACCUCUGGUUCACUUCUUGAGGCCGACAGCUAAUGUCCCUGAUGCCCAAAUCAUAUCAGAGCAUCCACCCAUCAGGGUGGGCGUGGUCUUUUGUGGUAGGCAAUCACCUGGAGGGCAUAAUGUCAUUUGGGGACUUCAUAAUGCUAUUAAAUCUCACAAUCCAAGCAGUGUUUUGCUUGGUUUUGUUGGUGGCUCUGAGGGUUUAUUUGCUCAAAAGACAUUGGAAAUCACUGAUGGUGUUCUCUCGACCUAUAAAAAUCAAGGUGGUUUUGAUUUGCUUGGUCGGACUAAAGAUCAAAUCAGAACAACUGAACAAGUCAAUGCUGCGAUGGCUACAUGCCUAGCCCUGAAAUUGGAUGGUCUUGUGAUUAUUGGAGGUACAACAUCCAAUACAGAUGCAGCACAUCUUGCUGAGAUUUUUGCUGAGAUAAAAUGUUCUACAAAGGUUGUUGGUGUUCCUGUUUCUCUAAGUGGUGAUCUUAAGAAUCAGUUUGUUGAGACAGAUGUUGGAUUUGAUACAGUUUGCAGGGUGAAUUCUCAGCUUAUCAGCAAUAUCUGCAUAGAUGCUCUCUCAGCAGAGAAGUAUUACUAUUUCGUACGUGUGAUGGGUCGGAAGGCAUCUCAUGUGGCUCUAGAAUGUGCUCUCCAGACUCAUCCAAACAUGGUCAUCCUGGGUGAGGAGGUGAACAUGUCAAAACUUACAAUAUCUGAUAUUAUAAAGCAGAUUGCUGAUGCAGUCCAAGCUAGAGCAAAACAAGAUAAGUACCAUGGAGUUAUUCUCAUCCCUGAGGGGCUUGUUGAAAGUAUUCCAGAACUGUAUGCACUCUUGCAGGAAAUUCAUGGGCUUCAUAGCCAGGGUAUUGCUGCAGAGAACGUUCCCUCUAAGCUUUCUCCUUGGGCGUCUGCCUUGUUUGAAUUUUUGCCAUCAUUUAUCAGGAAAGAGCUGCUUCUGAUUCCAGAAUCUGAUGAAUCUGCACAGCUUUCACAGAUUGAAACAGAGAAACUUCUUGCUCAGUUGGUGGAAUUAGAGAUAAAUAAGCGAAUGAAAGAAGGUACAUACAAAGGGAAGAAAUUCAGUGCAGUCUGCCACUUUUUUGGUUAUCAAGCUCGUGGAUCUCUACCUUCCAAGUUUGAUUGUGACUAUGCCUAUGUUCUCGGACAUAUCUGCUAUCAUAUACUAGAGGCGGGUUUGAAUGGUUACAUGGCUAUUGUGACAAAUUUGAAAAGUCCUGUUAACAAGUGGCGAUGCGCUGCUGUUCCACUAACUGCGAUGAUGACUGUGAAGCGAUACACUCCUGGUGCUGCUCCCAUCGCAAAACCUGCAUUGCAUCCAACCACUGUUGACCUGAAAGCAAGACCAUUUGAGAUCUUUCGAGAGAAGGCUUCAAGCUUUUUAAUGGAUGAUGUCUACAGAAACCCCGGACCUCUUCAAUUUGAUGGACCAGGGGCUGACACAAAGGCAAUCACCUUGUGUAUUGAUGACCAGGAUUAUAUGGGUCGUAUCAAGUUGUUUCAAGAAUAUCUUGAUGAGGUGAAGGGCAUUGUGAAGCCAGGCUGUUCACAAGAUAUUCUUAAAGCUGCUCUGAGUUCCAUGGCUUCCGUAAAAAAUGUGUUAUCAGUGAUAUCUUCUCCUUCAUUCGGGGCUCAGACAACCCUUUGAUUAGUUUGAUCUUUGAUCUUGCCUGCUGUUUUCAGAGUAUCUCUAAAAAUUUAUUCAUCUAUUUAUGUAUGUGGUUUGCCAACUCCAGUUGAUAUACAGAUCACUGUAAUAAAAACGAUUGCAAUUUACAAGCAUAAACACACGCGGCUUUCCUCUA